GGCCCCCUCCCGCCUCAUGUGGCCCGGCCCGCGGCGGCCGGCGGCUGAAAGCGGCGAGGCGGCGGCGCGCGAAGCCCGGAAGGCGGUGACCGAGGCCCAGGCGGCAGACCGGAGCGGCGGGAGCGGGGCCCGGGCCGGCUCUCGAGCGGCCGCCGGCUCAGCAUGCGCGCCCGCCGGGGUCUGCUGCGGCUGCCGCGCCGCUCGCUGCUCGCCGCGCUCUUCUUUUUCUCGCUGUCGUCUUCGCUGCUCUACUUCGUCUAUGUGGCGCCCGGAAUAGUGAAUACCUACCUCUUCAUGGUGCAGGCUCAGGGCAUCUUGCUUCGGGACAAUGUGAGGACCAUUGGUGCCCAGGUGUAUGAGCAGGUGGUCCGCAGCGCCUAUGCCAAGAGGAACAGCAGCCUGAAUGACUCAGAUUAUCCUCUGGACUUGAACCACAGUGAAGCCUUCCCUCCAACCACAACAUUUCUUCCUGAAGAUUUCACCUACUUUGCCAACCACCCUUGCCCAGAGAGGCUCCCUUCCAUGAAGGGCCCAAUAGACAUAAACAUGAGUGAGAUCAGAAUGGACGAUAUUCACGAGCUCUUCUCCAGAGACCCAGCCAUUAAGCUUGGAGGCCACUGGAAGCCUUCGGACUGUGUGCCUCGAUGGAAGGUGGCCAUCCUCAUCCCCUUCCGGAACCGCCAUGAACAUCUCCCGGUCCUCCUGCGACACCUGCUCCCCAUGCUUCAGCGCCAGCGCCUGCAGUUUGCUUUCUAUGUAGUUGAGCAAGUUGGCACCCAGCCCUUUAACCGAGCCAUGCUUUUCAAUGUCGGCUUUCUAGAAGCCAUGAAGGACUUGGACUGGGAUUGCCUGAUCUUUCAUGAUGUGGAUCAUAUCCCUGAGAGCGACCGCAACUACUAUGGCUGUGGACAGAUGCCCAGGCACUUCGCAACUAAACUGGACAAAUACAUGUACCUGCUUCCUUAUGCAGAGUUUUUUGGUGGAGUGAGUGGCCUGACUGUAGAACAGUUUCAGAAAAUCAAUGGCUUUCCUAAUGCCUUCUGGGGCUGGGGCGGAGAAGAUGACGACCUGUGGAACAGGGUACAAAAUGCAGGCUAUUCUGUGAGUCGGCCAGAAGGGGACACAGGAAAAUACAAGUCCAUUCCUCACCACCAUCGAGGAGAAGUCCAGUUUCUUGGAAGGUAUGCUCUUCUGAGGAAGUCAAAGGAGCGGCAAGGACUGGAUGGCCUCAACAACCUGAACUACUUUGCAAACAUCACAUAUGACGCCUUGUAUAAAAACAUAACUGUCAACUUGACACCCGAGCUGGCUCAGGUGACUGAGUACUGAGAUGCGGAGAGAAGCCGCAUCCGCCUACCCACCACCCCCUCAAAAGCGCUGUGAUGCGCCAUCCUGAGGUCAACCCAGCACGAGGACAGAAAGAGCGUGGAGUACAGAACCGUAGGGUUCCAGAAAACUGUCACAGAGCACACGCACAAAGGCCUUCGCUGUAGGCCCAAACAGGGACAGGCGGCUUGGGGACACCUCUCAUCAGCACUGGCUUCAUUCUACAAGACAGAUGUCUGCCCUGCUGCCCUCUUCCGUCCCCACCCUAGGGCCAGCCUAGGUGCCCUCAGAUGGAUGGCCAAGCCCAGAGGCCACCCUGGCUUGAAGCAGGAGGACCGCAAACAGUUCUCUGAAUCUCUUUUCUUUUUUGUUUUUGUUUUGUUUUGGGGGAUUUUUUUCCUUUUUUCUUUCUUUCUUUCUUUUUUUUUUUUUUUUUUUUUUUUUUUUUUUUUUAAAGAAAAUUACCUGCAUUGGGUGGGAACUAAGGGUGGAGGGGAGGGAUCUGGGGUGAUAGACACAUAACAGUCACUUCUUAAAGAAGUGUAAUUGUAAAUAAGCCAUGUAAAAUGCCUUUUUAAAAUUUAAUUUUAUAGCUGGCUCCACUUCAAAGUGAGGGCUUCAUAUAUUAGAUCACAUUGGGUGGCAAACUUAACUGAGUUACCAUGCAGUUGAGGAUCGAGUGUCAUCUCCCAGAUUCCUGUCAUUUGGUGACAUGGGGCAGAGAAAAGAACUCUCACUACAGCUCCUCUUUCCUGCUUCCCUAACAGAGACUCAACAGCUAAGCAGGGACUGCUCUUAGAGCACAGUGUCCUCCUCUCUUACAGACCCCUCAAUGCUGGGGUGUGUGACGGUUGGGAGACAGGGGCGCAGGCUAUCACUCCAGUGUGGAAGGCAGAGGCUGGAGAACAGGAAGUUUGAGACCAGUGUGGGUUACCUAGCAAGUUCCAGGCCCACCUGUGUUGUGUAGCAGGGUCCCCGCGGACCCCAGCUCUCUGAACUUUGUUUUUGUUCCUUCAACAUCUCAGAGUGGUUGUUGGGUGACACUCCACUUUCUUUGGAACUUGGCCAGUUUCUCAGAGCUGUGCCUGUGUGACCAGCUGGCUUCAGUGGUUUCUCUGUUUCCGUUUUUGGUUUCUCAGAAGACACUGUGUUGUGCUAAUAAGCAAUUGAUUGGGAAAGGCUCCACCAAGGAGCAGAUGGCAUUGGGAUGCAGUGUGCCAGCCGGGGUCCAGGUGAGAUCUCACCAGAGCUUUGACAGGCAGCCAGCAGAGGUCCCCCUGCUUCCUACUGAACUCAAAACGGUCCCUGGUCCCUGAGCCCUCCCUUCUUGUGUUUGCUGCGCCCACAGCUGUCUCCACAGCAGGGCUCUGUGUGUGGUGAGGAGUGCUUCCUUCAGGCCUCCAACUUCUGUUCUUUGCCUUUUUGCCUUCAGCACCCUUGAUGUUCAUGGUUUACAUAGGUGGGUGUGGGGUGUGUAAAUAUAUGGGGUUGGGGUUUUUGCAUUGCACAAGUUGGUUCUGUGGACAUAUGAUCCCCACAGACUGUGGGAGUGAUUGGCCAGGCCUUGUUUUUCUUUUCUUUUUUUUUUUCCUUGUUUUUGUUCUUUUUGUAGAAUAGAGUGGUAUCUAGGGAGCAGAUGGUGUUGCAGAAUGCUUCCCGCUCAUAUGAGAGAGCAGGUGCCUGCCCUUGAGAGCACUAGUGAGCUGCAUCAUCUGUUUGCACUGGGCAAGGAGCUGCACGGCUGCGUUGACUUGCCUUUGUCUUACGGUACACACAGCAAUAAAGAUUGUGUCGAUCCCCA